AUGAAUGAGCAAACCCCGACUUGGUUGUGUCCUAUAUGCAAUAAUGUUGGAUCAUGGUCCGAUAUUGUAGUAGACGGUUACUUUGCCGACAUACUUAAUAACACGUCACAAGACCAAGAGCGCAUUAUAAUCGAACCAAAUGGUGAAUGGUCUGUUCAGAAAAAACGAAAUAUUUCAGAAGAGCCGGUUUAUUCCCCCGUUACUAAAACUAUGAAAAAGACACGUGUUUUGGAACCACCGUUAGAUGUGUACGUGAUAGAUGAUUCAGAAGAUGAGAAUCCUAUACAGCCAAGUAAACCAGUUCAAUCACAUCCGCCUCCAUUUAAUGGGAGAGAGAUAAUCGACCUCACGUUAAGUAGCGAUGAAGAAGAUAUCUCAAACAUUAAUAAUACUAAAGAUAUCAGAAGCGUUUCCUCAGGUACCAAUAGAUCUCCUGUUAAGUUAGAAAUUCGUCAAGAUCCAAAUAGAGUUCCGAACCGAAUGCAACCUUGUCAUCCGGUUCACUUAUAUGAUUUUGAAAUCGGGUAUCCGG